GGGAACCUCUAUUCUCUUUCCCUAACCUAUUCCAGUUUUCCUAACCCAAAACUUCUUCUUUUUCCUCUUCAUCUGAUUUUUGGUAUGUUCAUUUCCGAUUGCUAAAAAAGAAAAUGGCAUUAGGUGGAACUGCUCUCCCAAGAGGCAGUGCAGCAGCUACUGCAAGUUUGCGAAGGAGAAAAACAACAAAUGGCGGGGCCUCAGGCGGGGCAGCCGGUACUAUGCUCCAAUUUUACACAGAUGAUGCGCCAGGACUCAAAAUCUCUCCAAAUGUUGUGCUGAUCAUGAGCAUCGGGUUUAUAGCAUUCGUUGCAGUUCUGCAUGUUGUAGGAAAACUCUACCUUGUUCGUAGAGAAUAGUGAUAUCAGUAGUGAAUGUUGAGUCAGGUUUUACAAGGAUGGUGGUUAUAAUUACAUGAUCUAUUCACACA